GGCAAGUGCCGAAGGUAUCGGGCCUAGGCUCCUUGGAGCUGUGCUCCUGCGGGAUGCUGAGUAGGGAAGUUUCAGGGGAGCAGGGUCUGAAUGAGGUUGUGAACAGGGGCCCUGGCUUAGCUCAAACUUAUUCUCAAGUCAUGAUCAAAACCUCGCCCGACUCCUCCAGAUUUGCCUGGCCUCAGGUAAGACACCCAGUCCUCCUCGGGUCUUCUUUGCCAUCAGAAGACUCAUACUCACCCAGUAGACCUGACAGGGUAAGAGUUUGGGAUGUUGAACGUCUAUCAGGCAUCAUUUAUUGUCCUCUAACGCUCCUAGGAAGGGGUCAGGUACCAAAAUGACUUAGCUUUUUCCCAGUUGAGUACAGAGGUCUGGAGAGAAGGAGUGAAGUAUGUUGAGACCCCGAGGUCUCCAAAAUGAAAGGGUUUUGUGCACCCAAGGAUGCUGGCAUCUCGUGUCAAACUUGCCCUGUUCCAAAGGGCCUGAACCCCACCCCACCCCCGCCACCCACGGCUCCAGGUAGGCUGUCUUUGUUCACUAGGACAGCUUCGGUACCCAUAUCACACCCUCCACAUUGUCCCAAAUCCUUAGCAGAGAGAAGUCAUCUCCUAUCACCUAAAACCUCCAGCCAUGCUUGAUCCUCCUGAUGAGAAGCCGGCAGUGGCAAAAAGACCUUCAAUUAUUCAGAGCAGGCAGACCUGAUCUUGAACUUGAGGCCCGCUGUGGCCCUGGCCAGGGACUGGCUCACCCUCGUAGGGGGGUACACAAGGAUGCCAGGGGGUUGCCAAGGAUACUGUAUAGACUCCUGAGGAUAGGCACCAUGGAUUGAGAGCACCUGGUACCUGGCAGCAACCAUAAGUACCGCCAUUUCCGUGGGGGCCCUGAGCUCCCUCCUCCCCUACCUGCUUGACCACAGUGGCAUCCUUCAGCCCGUGUUCAGAGGUAAACAUUAUCAGUCAUCUGUGUUUCACAGGAAGCACCAGUUCGGCCACCGUAGGUGAUAAAAUGGCAUAGUCAUGCUCUGCCAUCAGAUGUCCUCCUGUGUGUGCUCCUUCAGAAUCUCACCAGAAGCCACCAAUUCCAUCGUCCUCUGCUGCCUCCUACUAAGCCCCUAGCCCACCAGCCACCAUGGCUGCCUUGAUCGCAGAGAACUUCCGCUUCCUGUCUCUCUUCUUCAAGAGCAAGGAUGUGAUGAUUUUCAACGGACUGGUGGCCCUGGGCACGGUGGGCAGUCAGGAGCUGUUCUCUGUGGUGGCAUUCCACUGUCCCUGCUCUCCUGCCCGGAACUACCUGUAUGGGCUGACAGCCAUUGGAGUGCCUGCGCUGGCACUCUUCCUCAUCGGAGUCAUCCUCAACAACCAUACUUGGAACCUAGUCGCUGAGUGCCAGUAUCGGAGGGCCAAGAACUGCUCCGCUGCCCCCAACUUCCUCCUCCUAAGCUCCAUCCUGGGCCGUGCAGCCGUGGCCCCUGUCACCUGGUCCGUCAUCUCUCUGCUACGAGGGGAGGCCUACGUCUGUGCUCUCAGUGAGUUUGUGGACCCCUCCUCGCUCACAGCUGGGGAUGAAGGCUUCCCCUUAGCUCAUGCCACGGAGAUCCUCGCCAGGUUCCCCUGUGGAGAGGGCCCUGCCAACCUGUCGGGCUUCCGAGAGGAGGUCAGCCGGAGGCUUAAGUAUGAGUCCCAGCUCUUCGGAUGGCUGCUCAUCGGUGUGGUGGCCAUCCUUGUGUUCCUGACCAAGUGUCUCAAGCACUACUGCUCGCCACUCAGCUACCGCCAGGAGGCCUAUUGGGCACAGUACCGCACCAACGAGGAGCAGCUGUUCCAGCGCACAGUGGAGGUGCAUUCAAGGGUGCUGGCCGCCAACAACGUGCGCCGCUUCUUUGGCUUUGUGGCCCUCAACAAGGAUGACGAAGAGCUGGUCGCCAAGUUCCCAGUGGAAGGCACCCAGCCACGACCACAGUGGAACGCAAUCACUGGGGUCUAUUUGUACCGUGAGAACCAGGGCCUCCCACUCUAUAGCCGCCUGCACAAGUGGGCCCAGGGCCUGACAGGUAAUGGCACAGCCCCUGACAACAUGGAGAUGGCCCUGCUCACCUCCUAGAGCCUGCUUCUUUGCAACAAACCCUCAUGGCAUGCUCACCUCAGCAUCAGAUCUGUUAACCAGUGUCUAAUUAUCAAGUGACCAAGGGGACAUAAAACAGCUAGGAAUUUGUAAGGAUCUUGUGGACUAUAUGGUCCAGAGAGACUGGGGGAGUGGGGAGGGGUGGGAAGGGGGUCUGAUUUCCCAGACCUGCUGAAAUCAUCUGUAGCCACCAACGCACUGUUCACAGCUAUAGGCUUCCCCAGAGCUGGUCCUUUACUAUGUGGGUGAUCUUUGGUGGGCCUGCAAGCUGAGAAGCAUCAGCUGGUGGAGCCUGGUGCCAGUACAACCCACUGGGGAGGCUCGUUAUUUGUAACUGUGCAGUUAACUUGUGUCUAAUUGCAUAGGUAUGCCCAACUCCUGUGUGUCCAGCUAGGAAGUAGCUUCCAUUGUAUACCUCUGGUGUAAUUUUAUAUAUUUAAACUUUUUGAUAAAGCUUUUCUUACUUUAAAAGCCUAAA